GCGAUCGAUAAAUAGACUUGUUUACUUACGCCAGUUAUGUAGGUUAGCUACAUGUAGGCCGGUGUUUUUGCUUUGAGAUUUUGUAACAUUUGGCACUCAUUCGACGAAUUUCCGUGUUCUUAAAUCUGCUGUUUAUAGUCGAUAUUGUCAAUUCACUCAACAAUGAAUAUCUCAAAAAGUGGGUACCGUGUCUUUUCUGCCAACUCGACCACCGCAUGCACAGAGCUCGCCAAGAAGAUCACAGAACGGCUUGGCGUAGACUUGGGAAAGUCAGUUUACCAAGAGUCCAACAGAGAAACUAGGGUGGAUGUGAAAGAGUCUGUUCGUGGUCAAGACAUCUUUAUCAUUCAGACCAUUCCAAGAGACGUGAACACGGCCAUCAUGGAGCUGCUGGUCAUGGCCUACGCUCUCAAGACUAACUGUGCCAAGAACAUCAUUGGGGUCAUCCCCUACUUCCCUUACAGCAAGCAGUGCAAGAUGAGGAAGAGAGGCUCCAUUGUCUGCAAGCUGCUGGCCUCCAUGCUCGCUAAAGCCGGGCUGACUCACAUCAUCACCAUGGACCUACACCAGAAGGAGAUCCAGGGCUUCUUCAGUUUCCCUGUUGAUAACCUGCGUGCCUCACCCUUCCUGCUACAGUACAUCCAGGAGGAAAUUCCAGACUACAGAAAUGCCAUUAUCGUUGCAAAGUCUCCUUCGGCAGCCAAGAGGGCUCAAUCCUAUGCCGAGAGGCUGCGGCUGGGCCUGGCGGUGAUGCACGGCGAGGCCCAGUGUUCAGAGUCUGACAUGGCCGACGGAAGACACUCACCCCCUCCAAUGUCUUCAGGACGCACCACCUCUGGUCACCCUGGUCUGGAGCUGCCAUUAAUGAUGGCCAAGGAGAAACCGCCUAUCACUGUAGUGGGAGAUGUGGGAGGUCGCAUCGCUAUCAUUGUUGAUGACAUCAUAGAUGACGUGGAGGACUUUGUGGCGGCGGCUGAGAUUCUGAAAGAGAGAGGGGCCUAUAAGAUCUAUAUCAUGGCGACACACGGCCUGCUCUCAGCAGAGGCCCCGCGACUCAUAGAGGAAUCCGCCAUCGAUGAGGUAGUGGUGACCAAUACAGUCCCUCAUGAGGUCCAGAAGCUCCAGUGUCCCAAGAUCAAGACGGUGGACGUCAGUAUGAUCCUGGCCGAGGCCAUCCGACGCAUCCACAAUGGAGAAUCCAUGGCUUACCUGUUCCGUAACAUCACAGUAGAUGACUGAGCUACAAACACCUUGCGUUCACACCGUGAGACCAAGGAUGUUCAAUUCUGUUACAUAGGAACUUGUUUCUUUUCAUUGUAAUUGACUUCCUAUGUAAAACAAAAUAUCUUGCAUUCUCAAUAAAUGUCUACUGUUCAUGCA